UGCUAAGAGCCAUUCGUCUCGAUUAUGAGUGUUGAUGAUAACAGAGACACCUUUUGUGGGCCGUCCCCCGUCACCCGCCCACUUUGCCGUUUCCACUGUUUCCAGUCCAUUAUAUCUUAGUCCGUGCUUCGGACUUUUAACUGUUAAGACAAUUUAAAUUUUAAAAUUUGAAUGAACUUAAACUUGUUACUUAUUAGUUUCGACUACAGUUGUACAGAAUUAUUUAUUAAUUUAAAUUGUAUUAAGUACUUGCUAUUGGUUAAGUUCAAAGUUCUCAUUAUUUACUUAACACUGAUACAUUAUGUUUUUUGUUUAAUUAUUUAGUUUAUUGUUUGAUAACAUAUUUUUUUUUGCAACAGCUACAAAUGUUUUGCUCAUAGCUAAUAUAAUUUAAAAUAAAAAUUGUUACACCAUGAUGUUAUGUGGAAAAUAUUUCUUGUCAUGUGUCUUAUGUUGUUUAUUUUUUUUUAAAUCCACAACUACUGUCCAUGGAUUAAUAGAUCCAAUCACAGGAACUUUUGUUGUAGGAGCUUUUGUGACUGGAUACUUUCUAAAUAAAUCAAACUAUGUACUCCCCAACAUAUUCUCUUUUUCUGGUGGAUGUCCCAAAACAUUUGAAAUUAAAGAUUUAGAACGAGACAUGAAAAAAAGUUUUUUUGGGCAACAUAUUGCAUCAAAAAUUGUAUUAUCUGCUUUGGCAGGUAAUUUGCAUCGUAGCAGAAAUAACAAGAAACCAUUAGUAAUGAGUUUUCAUGGUUGCACUGGUUCUGGUAAAAAUUUUUUGUCAGAUUUAAUUGCUAGUCGUAUGUUCACAUCGGAAAAAGUAAAAAAAUCUCGAUAUCAUGUUAUUCAUGGACGAUCUGAAUUUCCUAUGCAAUCAAAAAUAAACGAUUAUAAGGAAAAACUUUAUUCUAAUGUGAAAUCCGCUAUAAAAUCAUGUGAUACAAAUUUAUUUGUUUUUGAUGAAAUCCAUUAUAUACCAAUGGGUAUAUUAGACAUAUUAAUACCUAUUCUUGAAAACAAUGAUGUGUCAAUUGAUUCUAGAAAUUCAAUUUUUAUAUUUUUAACUAAUACAGCCAGUGAUUCUAUUAUAAAAAAGUAUUUAGAUCUUUGGGUUAAUGGAUAUUCUAGAGAGAUGAUGAAAGUUCAAGAUUUUGAUACCAUAUUACUAAAAUCGGCUUUCAAUGAAGAAGGAGGGUUGAAGAAAAGUGCAAUAAUAGAUUCCCAUAUUAUUGAUCAUUAUGUUCCAUUCUUACCACUCGAAAAAGUUCAUGUGGAACAAUGUAUCGAGGCAGAGUUGAAAAAUCUUACAAAACAUUUGGAUUCCAAAACAAAAAGUGAAAUACUGCGGAUAAUUACAUUUGGUCCCGAGCCUCACAAGCUGUUUUCUUCUUCUGGUUGUAAAAGAAUUAAAGCAUUGGUUACAACUGAACUAAAUACAAUUUAAUUCGAUAUUUUUAAAGUACACUGUGAGUGUUCUUGUACAUAAACUUUUGGAAAAAAACCAAUCUAAAAAUAAAUAUUUUUGUAUGCUUAAUAA